AUGGAAGACGGCGUCAGAAAGGAGACGCAGCGGGCGAUGACGCUGCUCGCACCGGGCCCGCACGCCGUUCUGCUGCUGGUGCCCGUCAGCCAGUUCACAGAGAUGGAGGGUCGGGUUCCUGCAGAGCUGGGAGAGUUGUUUGGGAAGGAGAUCCUGGAUCACACGGUGGUGCUGCUCACCUGUGGAGACUACCUGAUGGGACAAACAGCUGAGGAGUACCUGCAGAGAGAACACCCCGGCCUGAGGCAGAUGAUCGAGCGCUGUGGGGGGGGGUACCACGUCUUCAACAACCGCCAGCGACAGGACAGAGAGCAGGUCCAGGAGCUGCUGCAGAAGAUGGAGAGCAUGGUGCAGAGACAUGGGGUGUACCACAUGAAAACCUCCCAGGAGAGAGAGCUGGACAGACGGGUGAGGGAACGAAAGCGAGAGCUGAUGGAAAGUUACCAAGCUCAAAAGGAGGAGAAAAUAAAGUCCAUCACAUGGAGGACCUUCUCAAACGCAGACAGCGACUCCAUCAGCACCUCUGGGAAGAGGAGGUGGAGAGAAGAAGAUGAAGUGGAAGGCCGAGUGUUUGAGACCACGGUGACUAACGGACUUCAUUCAGCUCCAGUCCCACAGCGCCCAUCUCCACCAGAGUCUGAAGAUCUCAACCAGUUAACCAGGACGCCCAGUUUCAGGCUGAAUGCAGUUCACCACCGAAUCAACAGCUUUGAGGAAGGAACGCCCGAGCCGUCUCCGGCCUCCUCUCCUCGUUCACCCGUCUUCUCGUCUUUCUCCUCCUCACCAACAUUUGACGCCUCUCCUUCGUUGUCCCCGUCCCCCUCGUCCUCCUUGUUUCCCCCGUCCUCCCCGGAGCUUCGCCUGGUGUUGCUCGGGCGAUCCGGAGCAGGAAAGAGUGCAGCAGGAAACAGGAUUCUUGGACAGGAGGCGUUCGAGUCCCAUCCAGACAGCUUCAGGGCAAUCACCCAGAUGUGUGAGAAGAAGAAGGCACAGGUCGAAGGGAAAAGGGUGGCAGUGGUGGACACCCCUGACUGGUUCAACUCGGAGCAAACGCCGGAUGAGGUGCGAGCGCAGAUCUCCUCCUGCGUUGCUUUAGCCAGUCCCGGGCCUCACGCCUUCCUGCUGUGCGUCCCGUUGGACCAGCCCGCUAAGACCGAGCUUCAGGCCCUCGUGGCUCUGGAGAAAGUCUUUGGCCCAGAAUCGAUCCAGAGACACACUAUAGUCCUCUUUACGUACGCAGAUCGACUGCGGGCAAACAACAAAGUAGGAAACAAAAGCGUGGAAGAAUACAUCGCCAGCCAGCGGGGGGAUUUGAUAAAGCUUGUGGAAAAAUGUGGAGACCGGUAUCACAUUGUGGAGAAGGGAGAUGGUUUGAUGGAGAAGAAGAACGUAGCAGAGCUGCUGGAGAAGGUGGAGCAGACUGUGAAGGAGGCUGGAGGACAGUGUUAUUCCUGCCCUGCUUUUCAGGAGGCAGAGAAAAGAGUGAGACAGAGGCAGUUAGAGAUAGCACAGGAGAGAACGGGCCUGAAGGUGUGGCAGGAACAAGCAGCAGGAGUUCGACAGCUCAGGUCGGAGAGGCAGCUUCUGCCUCAGGUGGAAGAACAUGAGGAAACGAGGGACGAGGCAGAGAUGAGUGUUAGCACAAUGAAUAUCGAGAGCCUUCCUCCUAUUACUCUUUCCAGCAUGUCUCCUUCACUUCUCUGUUCCAUUAUGGAGAAAAUGGAGUCUGGUGCGCAGAAUUUCCCCAAACUCUUGGCAGAAAGCUCCGUGUGGGUUGGAGAGGGAGCAAAGAAGAUGAAAGACAGUCCGGUGUGGGCAGCAGUCUGCGGUGGUGCACAAAACGUGCAGAAGAUGGUGAUUGACAGCUCUGUGUGGGAAAAGGUGGGAGCUACUGCCGGACAUGUCUCCAAAGCUGUGGGAGAUCGGGUUCCCAAAGUGGUGGUGGAUGGCUCUUCCUGGGUGGGGUCUGGAGCAAAAACACUGGCAUCAAGUCCGAUGUGGGACAAAGUCCGUUCAGGGACCAAGAAUUUGGUUCAAAGUCCUGUGUGGGAAAAAGUAGGUUCUGGAGCCAAAACUGGAGCUAAGCUGGUGGCGGACGGCUCUGUGAGAGUUGGAUCAGGGAUCAGCGCUGGUGCAAAGCAGGUGGCACAGAGUCCUGUGUGGGGCCAGGUGGGUUCUGGGGCAAAAGCCGGUGCCAAACUGGUGGCAGAGAGCUCAGUGUGGGAGAAAGUCGGUAUGGCUGUGAAACAGGUGCCAAAGGCCGUCAUUGGGGGUGCCAUUCUGGGACUGGUGCUGGGUGUGUUUUUAGGGGGGGUGAUUGGUGGAGCUGUUGGUGCGGCUGCUGGAUCUGCAGUAACCGAGGUGGGCAGGCGUAAAUUCACCAGGACUUCAGAGGAAACGAGAAGCGCUGAGAAAAUGAUGAACGACAGCUUCGAUUCAGGGAUAAGAGGAGGGAAAAGCAUGAAGACUGAAUGA